CACACAAAUAUCAUAUGCACAGGGAUCUUCAUCUAAUCCCCUUGCUUCCAUACAUAUUACAACGUUUCAUCUUUGUUUGAUGCUUCUCAAGCGCUUGAGAAACCUCUCGCCAUGACAUGUAUUGAACACUAUGCCGCUUUACAUAUCAGAGGAGAUCUAAGAAUGUUUGAGGAAUUUCUAUGAGAAAUACAAAGGGAGUUUAAGAUUGUCUGAGGAGCAUCUAUGGCCACACAAAAUAGUAAACCCUGCGCAAGCUGCAAGAAGCAUAGGAAAAAGUGUUCAGAGUCGUGUGUUCUGGCCCCUUACUUUCCAUCCACAGAUCCCAAAAAAUUUGCACUAGUCCAGAGAGUUUUCGGAACCAGUCAUGUCAUCAAAACACUUCAAGGUAUCGAGGACUAUCAGAGAGGAGAUGCAGUAAAUAGUAUGGUGAUGGAAGCGAGAGCAAGGGUGGAGGACCCGGUGCAUGGGUGUACAAGGACAGUUCAUCAACUGCAGCAGCAAAUUGCUGAAUUAGAGGUACGGCUGGCAGCCAUGCAAGAAGAAGUUGUGACUGCGCGCUUGAAGAGGGAUGAGAUGGCAUCAUUCCUACUCACUUGAUUUCAUUCCAGCCAAGAACAAAAUCAUGGAUAAGUUAUGGGAGUUAUAAGUUUGGGACUUUACUUCAUUCGACACAAGAAGUAAAUGAUGGAUAAGUUAGGGUAGGUAAAAGUUCAAGACUAGUUAAUUGAAUUACAACGUGUUUGGCGAUUUUAUUGGACUUGUAAUUAAUUGCUUUUUCCCAUUAUAGUAUUUAUCUCUAGGAACAAUGGUAAAGAAUAAUGUCGAAGUAGUAUAGAUUUGGUUAGUGGGGUAGGAAAGGUAAUUGCUGUUAAUAUGUAAAUUGUUUGGAACCAUGUAGAGAGUAUAGUUUAUUGUAGGUUUAUUUCGUAGUUCCGGGCCAUUUCUAUGUGGCCUAUAUCUAU